GGUCUGGAGACGCGCCCUUCGACUUUUCAUGGAAGAGAUGUCAGGAGAAAGUGUGGUGAGCUCAGCAGUGCCUGCGGCGGCAACUCGCACCACUUCGUUCAAGGGCACAAGCCCCAGCUCCAAGUACGUGAAGCUGAAUGUGGGAGGGGCCCUCUACUACACCACCAUGCAGACGCUGACCAAGCAGGACACCAUGCUGAAGGCCAUGUUCAGCGGGCGCAUGGAGGUGCUCACCGACAGUGAAGGCUGGAUCCUCAUUGAUCGAUGUGGGAAGCACUUUGGUACAAUACUCAACUACCUUCGUGACGGGGCCGUCCCCCUACCCGAGAGCCGCCGGGAGAUCGAGGAGCUGCUGGCAGAAGCCAAAUACUACCUGGUCCAGGGUCUGGUGGAAGAGUGCCAGGCAGCCCUCCAAAACAAAGACACCUAUGAGCCUUUCUGCAAAGUUCCUGUCAUCACCUCAUCAAAGGAAGAACAAAAGCUUAUCGCAACUUCAAAUAAGCCUGCCGUGAAAUUGCUCUACAACAGAAGUAACAAUAAAUAUUCAUAUACCAGUAAUUCUGAUGACAACAUGCUGAAAAACAUUGAACUGUUUGAUAAGCUGUCUCUGCGCUUUAAUGGGAGGGUCCUAUUCAUAAAGGACGUCCUUGGGGAUGAGAUCUGCUGCUGGUCCUUUUACGGCCAGGGCCGCAAGAUUGCCGAAGUCUGUUGUACCUCCAUCGUCUACGCCACUGAGAAGAAGCAGACCAAGGUUGAGUUCCCUGAGGCCCGGAUUUAUGAGGAGACGCUGAAUAUCCUGCUGUAUGAGUCACAGGACGGCCGGGGACCUGACAACGCGCUCCUGGAAGCCACAGGUGGGGCCGCCGGGCGCUCCCACCAUCUGGACGAAGAUGAGGAGCGAGAACGAGAGCGGAUCGAACGCGUGCGGCGGAUCCACAUCAAGCGGCCGGAUGACCGCACUCACCUCCACCAGUGA